UUUCAAUAAAAAAAACAUCUUUCAUAUGCAAAAAGGGUUGACGAACAUGACUCUAUCGGCUUUUUGCUUCCCUCUGGAAAAUACGGUCCGUCAAGUACACUGUAUACACUGCCUUUAUCAUGAAAGUGCACACCGGAUGGCGGAUAGUGUGUGAAGCUGCUAAGUCCGGGAAUCUAUACCGAGCGAGCUAGUUUUACCUCAGCUCGAAAUUCUCAAUUCCGGAGUUUCUUACUCUACAUGCUUACGAGCUGUUUUAGGUCGAAUGGCUAGUCAUCCUCGCCUUCGAAGCAACACUGCUUCGGAUCUGAUAAGUCAACUGCCAGAAGAUAUAAAGCACAGAAUCUUAGAGUGUCUAAACACUCGAGAAGUGGCAAGAACUGCCGUUCUGUCAAAACAGUGGAAUGACGUUUGGCUAAGGCAUGGUCGGCUUGUUUUUGAUUUGGAUUUGGGAAAUCUUUUAGGGGGCAAUAUAUGUUUGAAAAUGAUAACUAAUGUUCUGUUGCUCCGUUCUGGACCAAUUAAGAAAUUCACCCUGGCGAUUUCCAAAUUGGAACCUGCUCUGAAGCAGUCUGAUAUAGAUGUCUUGUGUCGUUUUUUAUCAAGAAAUGGUAUUGAGAAACUUCACCUCUCUAUUGAUGCUGAUGGAGACACAGGAGAGUACUACACAGUGCCUGUUUGUGUAAUUUCCUGCCCAACAAUUAAACAACUGCAACUUGGUUAUAUGUAUUUUUGUUGGCCUGUUAAUACUCAACCUGCUAGUAUGUUUUAUGGGGUCACUUCUCUAAAGUUCCAUUUUAUGGAGUUUAAGCCCAAUGAUACUGGAAUUCUCCCGAGUAUUCCUCAUCUUGAGAUACUGGUGUUUUUUGAUUGUGAUGGGAUAAAUCAUUUUGUGAUCAGUGCUCCUAAACUUAAAUGUUUGAGCUUUGCUACUAGGAUCGUGGCUGAAUGGAAAUUCUUUGAGCUUCACUUUCCAGUGAUUGAGACUCUCCGUUUUUCUGUGUGUCCAUUAUAUAACAAAGCUACUGCUGCAAUAAAUGUGCAAGAGAGGUUCCCCAUUGCUACAAAUUUGCAAGUGAUUAAGUUGACUAAUUUCAGUUUUGCUCACACGAAGUGCAUCACUCUUGUUAUUCAAUUGCUCCGGAAAUGCCCCAAGCUACACAAACUGGAAAUAAAUUUGAUGGAAUAUAGGGUUGAAUAUCCAACAUUUACCCUACACAUUUGGUGACUAAUAUCCAUAUAAUUUAUGUUUUAAUAUUUUCUUCUUACAUUGUUGUGUUGUAGCAUUGUAUGAUAUAUGGCAGAGAAUUUCAAUGCCCUGAUCCAACUAGUUUGAAAGAUCCAGAAAGUUUGUUUAAUGAUCAAGAUCUGCGCAAGCUUAAAACGGUGAAGAUGAAAGAGUUCAGAGGAUUAAGAGGAGAAAUGCUUUUUAUCGAAGCAAUCCUUUCAAAGUCUCCUGUCCUUGAAGAAGUUUUUAUUAUGGAAUCGGUAGGCAUUGAUGCCUCUGUGGCUUUCAAAAUGACAAGGGAUAUGACCUCCUUCCCUCGUGCGUCUCCAAAAGCAAAAAUUGUCUUCGGGGACCCCAAAUGUAGCUAGGCUGCUCUAUUCCGUGAAUAACUGCAGUAGUUUAUCAGGUGAAUUUAACUCCACAGGUUCUGUUUGUGUAUCUGCUACUCUGAAUUCUAAGCACUUGUUUUGUAAGAAAAUUGAUGUUAACUCAAAAGUUUUAUUUUGUGAUUAAGGGUUCUUUGAUUUUCAUUUGAUGCUCG